AUGUGCGACGUGACCUUCAUUGCCCGGACCUCGGACGGUCUGCUGCUGGCGGAGGCUUGGUCGCCGCACUUCGGCAGCAGCAGCAGCAGCAGCAGCAGCAGCAGCCACAUGCAGCAGCAGGAGCAGCAGCAGCUGAAGCAGCAAGUCAAGGGCGUGCUGCAGCGGCUGCAGGGAGGGGCACCUCAGGGGGCCAUAGAGGCGGGGCGCCUGCGAUUCUACUACAAAGUGAGCCAAGGCGUGUCUUACUUGACAGUUUGUGCUGCUGCUUAUCCGCGGCGUUUGGCGUUUUGUUUUUUGGAAGAAAUUUCGAAUUCUUUCGAAGACGAACUUCGCCUUUCUUUCGGCGCCCGCGGAGUCGACGUUUUUGCAAUGCUCGAGACCCUCGAGACUCCCUACCACUUCAUCAAGUUCGAAAGAGUGCUGCAGAAGAAAAGACAAGAAUAUGCUGAUCCUGCUUCCUCAAGGUCUUUGGCGCGGCUUAAUGACUCUCUUGCAGAAGUUUCAGAUUUGAUGAAGCAAAACAUUGAAGAAAUACUGCAAAGGGGGGACAACUUGUCAGAUGUUGGCAAGAGAGCUACAGACCUCAAAUACGCAAGCGAGAAAUUUAAAGGCCUCGCAAAGGCUCUGAGCUUCAGGGCGCUGCUGCAGCAAUAUGCGCCUCUGGCCCUUGUGGCUGUUUUUGUGCUCAUUAUGCUCGUGUGGUUCUUCUACCUGUAA